GCGAGAGAGAGAGAGGGAGAGAGUGAGGCGGAGGCAGUUGAGCGCGGGCUCAGUCAGGUCGAGAGCCAGGAAAUGGACAUCAGCAGCGAGGAAGCCGAGGGGCCACCUCCCGCAGAUAUGAAGUGUCCCUGCCUUCCUGCCAAGAGUCAGGAGGGGAAGGAAGAGGAAGAGGAGGACAAUGAAGACAAGAAGAAAGUGUCGCCAAGGGCCAAGCGGGAGCGCCGUCAAGGGAGCACCAGUGCCACCGUGUGCCAGGUGUGCAGCAUCCGACUCAACUCUGGAGCCCAGGCCCAGAUCCACUAUAAGGGCAAGACGCACCAGAGGAGGCUACGCAGACUGGCGAAGGUUGUCGGGACAGGUGCGCUGUCCCACAACCAGGUCCACCCUCUCCUGGGUUCCCUGCCUCUGUCAGGCCGAGCUAGCCUCCAGUCGCACAACCACCUGGAGCACUUCCUGCCACUCAGGAUCAGACCCUCCUUGCCCCUCAGCCUUUUCCCAAAUUUCAACACGAUGGAUCCGGUGCAGAAGGCUGUGAUCAACCACACAUUCGGCAUCGCCCCGCCUAAGAGAAGAACAACUAUCACCUGUAAUAUUUGUCACCUGCGCUUCAACUCCACUAACCAGGCUGAGGCCCACUACAAGGGUCACAAACACACUCGCAAGAUGAAGGCCUUGGAGAACCAGAGGAACCGGCAGAAGAACAAGCACGGCCCUCCCACAGCGGAGAAAGAGAAGGAGACGGCGGGAGAAAGUGGACCACAAACAGACUUGAAUUCAGACAGAACAGAUUCAGGCACAUCGUCGCAACCGGAAAAGGGCCUUGGGAGCUCCCUACCCCCCGCUGCCCCCGCUAUAGUUUCCUCCACAAGCCACGCUCCUCAGCUGUCCCAGCAAUUUCCUCACAGCCCUCCGCUUCCCCAUUUAACAUUGGCGGGGGCGCCUAUGGAAGGCCCGCCUCCAGCACCGCACGCCCCUCAGGGGCCCCCUGCUGUCGGGGAAAAAGAAGAUGAUGAGGUGAAGGUGGAGGAUAAGGAGGCCAACAAAAAAGAGCUCCACUGUCCUACGUGCAAAGUGACUGUGAACUCCAGCUCUCAACUAGAAGCUCACUGUAGUGGCUCUAAACACAAGCAGAUGCUGCACAGUCCCAACAGCAACCAGUCGCACCGCAGGGCGAAGAGGACGUCCUCGGCGAGACGCCCCUCCCGAAUAAUUAAGCAACGGAUGGGCACCAACAAGACCAGGGCGGCAGUGGGCGUCAGAGGCCAGCGUUUUCAUUGUCAACUGUGCCAGGUGGCCGUCAACUCGGAGAAGCAGCUCAAACAGCACAUGAACAGCAGGAGACAUAAAGAGCAUUUGGCCGGGAAGCCUGUGAAGGUGAAGGCUAAAUUCACCCCUUAUAAUAAACUGCAGCCCAGCACUGCGUUAGCGACUAAACUGGCCUUGCAGAAGCAGUUGUCCAAGGCCCUGCCGGCAGGGUUCCACACCAGCGCCCUCAAUCCAGCUGCUUUUUGCACUUUGGCAUCAGCACCGCUGGCACUACGACUGCCACAGGGUCCCACGGCCAUCAUCCACAGUCCCCUGAUAAGCCCCGCCCUCUUCAGACCUGCCCCGGGACCGCUGAGGGCCACGCACCCGCCCAUUAUUUUCUCUCCUUAUUGACAAUGAGGACAAAAUGUCACAUUUGACACAUCAUCAGUAAAGUAUGCACAUUCGCCCAAAAAAUACAGUGGUGCUUUGACUUACGAGUGCCCCAACCUACAAGAUGUUAAAGUUACGAGUCGUCGCUUGUUGCGAGCAAAGAUUUUACCAAAACUUGAGCUAUGCCACUGCUUGAAUGAAGUUGGGGGAAGGGGGGAAAAAAAGAGCCAUACUGACCAAUGCACUUUUAGUCAUUUAUUUAACAAGACAACCAACCAAACAUACAAAUCUUCUUUUUUUUCCUUUGGGCUUGUCCCUUUAGGGGUCGCCACAGCGUGUCAUCCUUUUCCAUGAGAGUCUAUCUCCUGCAUCCUCCUCUCGAACACCAGCUGCCCUCAUGUCUUCCCUCACGACAUCCAUCAACCUUCUCUUUGGUCUUCCUCUAGCUCUCUUGCCUGGCAGCUCCAUCCUCAUCACCCUUCUACCAAUACACUCACUAUUUCUCCUCUGGACGUGUCCAAACCAUCGAAGUCUGCUCUCUCUAACUUUGUCUCCAAAACAUCGAACCUCCGCUGUCACUCUGAUGAGCUCAUUUCUAAUUUUAUCCAACCUGGUCACGCCGAGAGCGAACCUCAACAUCUUCAUUUCCGCCACCUCCAGCUCUGCUUCCUGUUGUCUCUUCAGUGCCAUUGUCUCUAAUCCAAACAUCAUGGCUGGCCUCACCACUGUUUUAUAAACUUUGUCCUUCAUCCUAGCAGAAACUCUUCUGUCACAUAACACACCUGACACCUUCCUCCACCCGUUCCAACCUGCUUGGAUCCGUUUCCUCACUUCCUGACCACACUCACCAUUGCUCUGGACGGUUGACCCCAAGUAUUUCAAGUCCUCCACCCUUGCUAUCUCUUCUCCCUGUAGCCUCACUCUUCCCCCACCACCCCUCUCUUUAUAAAGUCAAGGUACCACUGUUUAAGGACCAUCACUCAACUAUUUGAGUGCAUGUUUCCUGGGGUCUGAACCCCAUUGGAAGCCAUAAUAAUUCAUGUUUUUGUUUUACUUAUAAGAAUAAUCUGCCAUUACACAAGAGUGUAAAUGUUACGCUAAUGUUGCCAAAUUUGAGAGCUUUCUAGUUAUACUCUGGGAAAACUAUAUCAUUCCUGAAUUAGUUUCCAUACAUAAAUCACUUGUCUUACUCAGCACAAAGUAAAAAAAAAAAUAAAUCAGCAGAGAGUCACUUUGCAUUGUAUGGUCAUUGUCAUCAAAUACAUAAUGAACGUUGUUCUGUUUGUCUGUCUGUCUUUUUCUGACCUGUGCCAUAAACAAAGCCAAGAGCAUUCACCACACUUGAUGAAUGACUUUUUUAUUUUGUUUAAUGUUUUUUUCCAGUAGAAACUAUAUUUGACAUGAGGCAUUAAAGCAGGGGUGGGAAAUCUUUUUUCCAAAUUCUUCAAAUGCUUUACUGUUAUGUACUUUGAGACGCUUUUUGCUCAAGAUGUUAAAAAUCCAAUUUCAUGAAUCAUUAUACCUGUCUUAAAAAUAUUUUUAUAGCUUUUAUUCCAUUCUAAGCAAUAGGUUUAUGUUUUCAAAUGUGGCUAACUAAAACUAGCGUAACUGUUCAUUAAGUGCAAUAAUGUGGACUGAAAUGUUAUGAAUAUUUGUUCAUGUGUGUAUAAUGUAUUCUGCAUUCAUUUGUAUGUCGUGCUAUUUUUACACAGUUGUGGUUGUGUUUAUUUCCCCUGCAUUGAAACAAUCGCUAAAUUUCAUGUGCUGUAAGAAUUUAGAAGUGGGCACUUGUGAGUAUUUUGGGAAGCAUUUGAUCCGGUCAGCGAUGUAAUUCUAAAACCUCAGAGAAACUGUUGAAUAAAACAUUUAUUCCACA